AAAAAGGUAAACCUGAAUAGUUAACACAGGUAGGAGGUAGGACGAAGCAAAAAUCAUAAUAUGUAUUAUCGAAUCAUAUCUCCAAACGUGCUGAGUACUUUUGGGAAAAAAUGAUUUGUGACGUGUGUCACACGUGUCAAAACAUAUUUCCUGUUAGCGAAAAGGUAAUCGAAAAUAUGAAUCCUACAGAGACCACAUAAACACAAAACCAACCAUGACCUCUCGAAUCCUGGGGCCAGUUUCUUCAAAAAAGUUUCAAGCAUUGCGUCAAAUAAAAGUCAUACGAAAAUGUUUGCAAAUUGAACAUGAGCUGAGGAAGACGAUUUGUUAUCCGCCAAAAAAAGCCAACAUUGGUAUUCGGUGAGAAAAGCAACCGUGAAAAAAAAGAAGUUGGGAUAUGUCUGUUUUGGAUAUUUUACUCUACAUAAUUUUAUUGAUCUACACCAACAAUCCUGUUUACUUGAUCAAUGAAUUUAUCGAUGGAUUACAAAUCACUUUAAAUCCGGAUACCUACUUGACUCCACCUCAAAUAAUCACCAGACACGGAUAUCCAGCAGAAACAUACAAUAUCGAAACUCCGGAUGGAUUUAUUCUAGGAUUACAUAGGAUUCCUAAUGGUAUACAAGGAGCAGGAAAUCAGUACCCUGUACUGUUCAUUCAUGGGUACAUAGAUUCAAGUGCAUCAUGGAUCGCUCAGGGACCAGGCCAAGCUCUACCUUAUUUAUUGGCGGAUCAAGGAUACGAUGUUUGGAUGAUAAACACACGUGGAAAUACAUUUUCUCAGAGUCAUGCUAAUUAUACACCAAUGGAACGUGCGUUUUGGGAUUUUAGCUUUCAUGAAGUAGCUGUAUACGAUUUGCCAACAACUAUCGACUUUAUUUUAGACAAAACAAACCACCAAAAAGUAUUCUGCAUAGGUCAUUCGGCUGGAAAUUCUGAAUUUUACAUCAUGUUAUCAGUGCUGCCGCAAUAUAAUGAAAAAGUAAUAGCUCAAGUCAGCCUUGCACCAUAUUAUCAUGAAUCUAAUUCCAUCGAUUCAAUCGCAAUUUAUAUAUUGAAUUACUUGUACUGGAAUACGGCAGGAGAAUUCAUCGGACAUGAUCUAUUAACGAAACUUGUAGUGCUAAUUUUAACAGAAAUACCACCCUAUGGCUACAAUGCAUUCGAUCUAAUGCUAUAUUUUGCUUUUGGUUUACUACCUAGUCAUAUCAAUUGGAAAGCGAUGCCAUCUUUUUACAGUAAUUAUCCAGCGGGUACUUCUGUUAAACUAACACUUCACAUGUUCCAACUCGGAAGGUCCUUUAGUUAUUUCGACUAUGGUCCAAAAGAAAAUAUGGAAAUUUAUGGUGCCACUUCGCCUCCAAAAUACAAUAUCACUGAAAUUCACAUACCUGUCCGAAUUUAUCAUUCUAAAUUAGAUGACGCAUCUAGUAUCACAGAUGUGGAAUCGUUGUACAACAAACUGCCUGUGAAAGCAGGCUUGUUGAACGUAGCCGAUCCAGGAUUUACUCAUUUAGAUUUCCUAUUGAACAAAAAUGCUAAAGAAUUACUAUAUGACGAUGUAAUCGCUUUUGUAAAUGAUGUGACAAGAAGUAUGUAAGAGCACAAGUAGGUAAUUAAUACUCAUGGCGCUACAAUUCAGUGAGUAAGCAUCAAAAUAAUGAAGAUGAUCAUUCAAUAAAUAUCCAAACAAUACAA